AUCAUAUACCUCAACCCUCAAACAAAGUCUCAUCAAUGGAUGAUUCAAUUCUUGCAAGAAACACAGCUGAUGACAUUGAUGAUGAGAACAACAAUGCCCUCGGAUUCACACACAACCAUGAAUUGAGCUCCAACAGUUUUCUUGCCAGCUUGAUCAAACAUUCUUUCCUUCUUGGAGCUGACAAGUUGCUGAUGUCCAAGAAACCUCGACCCUUGACCGUGUCUGAUUUUGAAACUCACAGUGAUAGAGACGAUGAAGAAAGCAACAGUUGCAAGAAUGGAAAAUUCAAAGGUAAAUAUGCUUCAAAACAAAGCAAGAAGGCAAGUGGAAGGUACAAAACCUAUGCAAUUCAGACAACUUCCUUGCAUUCCAGCAGCAUUGACAACUAUUGUUUCAAGAGCUGUAAUGAUCUCCCACUCAAUAUUGUUUCUUUCUUGACUGUGCUAAUGCUUAAGGUGGCUGGCUAUCAGAUAAGCUUGUUUCUGAGGAUCUUUAUGUUUCCCAUGUCGUUUUUCAACUUCUGCCUGAUGUUUGUGCUCUUCCCGUUUCAAAUGCUGAUGCGAAUGAGAGAUCAAAUGACAAAGAAGAUGCUGAGAGCAUGCGAUGCAUCCUACACGAGUGUUUUUUCCUUUGUAUGCAGUAAGUUCAAGUCGCAGAGGUCGGUGCUCAAAGUUGGCAGGGCGUUUUUCUGCGCCGCCUAUGUGUUUUUCGUGCUUGUCGUGCUGUUGGUUUCAGGAUUUGUGAUAGGUGGGAUCGUGAUGAGGAAUUUGGUGGAACGGUCGGUACAUACAACUGAAACUCUAAAUUUCGACUACACUAAGACUAGCCCGGUUGCCAUCGUGCCUGUUACUUCGUCCCUUGUCAAUGGAGUGCUGUCUAAGUUGUAUGAUCAGACGUCUGGUUCAGGAAACUUAGGCCGACGUGCUAUCCCUUAUAAUCACAAGCUGCAGCUUACUGUUUCAUUGGCCUUGCCUGAAUCUGACUACAACACGAAACUCGGGAUCUUCCAGGUUCGAGUAGAGAGCCUGUCUGCCAACGGAAAGGUGAUUCUCGGUACGAGUUAUCCCACGAUGCUACGUUUCAAGAGUCAGCCGGUCCGUGUUAUUGAGACACUAUUCAACAGCAUUCCUCUCAUUGCUGGCCUGAAAUCCGAAGUCCAAGACCUCAAAAUUGUGAUGGGAGAAUUCACUGAAGGACACGAGCCGACGGCCUGGUUUAAGGUCAUGCUCGAGCCAAGAGCAGAGUUCCAGGCCGCGGGUUCAGGCGUGCCUGAAAUUUAUAGUGCAUCCCUUGAAAUUGAAUCUGAACUACCUCACCUGAAAAGACUUGUCUGGAACUGGAGGCGGGCGAUAUUCGUGUGGAUCAGCUUCACUUCGUUCGCGGUAGAGACGAUGUUUUUCAUGCUCUUCUGCAGGCCUGUGGUGCUUCCAGGAGGAAGGGCAAAGAGUGUAGGCAGUAACAAGAAAUCUUGGCCUGAUAAGAUUUCAUGGCACAAAGGAGUUUGAGCGAGGGUGAGUUGUACUAAUAAGGUUGAUGUUGUGAUCUUAUGUUCAAAUAAUUGUGACAAGCAGUUUGUGGUACUUUGUUCCAAGUGUACUUUUGUUCAUGUCUAUGUUGAGAAAUGAAAGCUGAUCCAAAUGUGUGUGUUAAACUUCCUA